CUGGUCCUGGAUGUCAACACAGAGAAUGAGCAGGAUUGUGUUGCUUAUUCAUGAGAGGACAGAUUAGCAUUUUGGUCUCAGGGAGAAGCAUUGUCUCCAAGUAUUAGGGAAGAGGAAUUAGAAAUGUUUGCGUAAAUAUAUUUACUGGACCUUGUACUGUCUGGCAACAGAAAUGGAAAAUGCCUGAUCAGGAAAACACGAGCAGGGAGGGAGAAAAUGAGACCUCUAAAGUUUUGAGAGGGGUAGGCAGAGAUAAGAGGUGUGAAUGGAAAAAAUUAUGUGGAAGUGAGUUCAGCAUUAUCUGCUCUCUGGUGGCUAUGGAUAAAAGAAGGACAAGGAAUAUGUGUGGAAAAUGUGGCCAAGGUCCCAUUGCUGAGUGGAGUAAGGAAAACAAGCAUGUGUCAAGGUCUCAAAAAAUGCCAGGCCUUUUGUUCAGCCCUCUGUGUCUGACAGUCAUCUGGUUUUUAUCGUGGUCACUGUGUCCCAGUUGUGCUCAGAUCUGGACCGAUGAAGUGUCAGGCGAGCAGUAUGGGCGUUUGGAGUCGAAUGUGACACUGGCAUGCAAUAAUUCGGAAAUCAGGUUACCUGUGUCGUGGCAUCUCAGCCACAGCACAGUGUUACCAUGGCAUCAAGUGACACCAAAUGGAAGCUUAGUCCUGCUGCAUGCCAACCAUUCAGCGCAGGGCACCUACAGCUGCUAUGACAACAGUGGGCGGUUCCUCCGUUCUAUAAAACUCAGGCUGGGCCAUCCCCCUGGGCGGCUGACCAUUUCCUGUCAAGUGCCCAAUCACACACAUGUUCGCUGCUCCUGGGUAGAAACUGUAAAGACCUUUCUGCCAGCAGAGUAUAAUGCCUCCUUCAGCAAUGGUAAAGAGUGGAGCCCAUGCAUCGUGGACGUCACCCAGAAGCACUGCGAUGUAGUUCACCCUGCUUUCUGGCAGCCCAUCCAUACCCUUAGAAUCACAGAGACGAAUGCGCUUGGGUCUAAGAAUACAACUGCCAGUGUUAAGUUACACGAGCUAUUAAAACCAGACCCUCCAGAGUCAGUGUUGGUGAAGGAACUUGAAGGGUAUCCAAAGAAGCUACUGAUCUCAUGGAGAUUUCCCUCUUCCUGGCCCCAGCAUGAUGCUUUCCCUUUGAUAUUUCAUAUCAGAUAUAGGCCACAGGGCUCUAUGUUCUGGUCAGAGAUUUACUCUUUGGAUAAUUCAAUUGUAAUAUGGGACGCUCUGGCAGGCCACCUUCACCAGGUUCAGGUGCGAACCCGUGAUGAAAUUAACGCGGAGAGCCAGUGGAGUGAAUGGUCUCCUCUGCUAUUUGGCAGGCCCUGGGAAGACUAUAUCACCCCUGAGCCUGAUGUGGAACCAGAGGACAUCUUUACUCUCCCAACCAAAUCAAAGCCUGAAGCCUCCACUCCAAAGUCACGGGGUUCUAAACACGGGGAUGAAGGUAAUUUAGGUCUGGUGAUUCUCCUGGUUUUGUUCUCCGUGGUCAUCCUCACCACCAUCUUUUCCCUCAUCUUUGUUGUGUGGAUGAGACAGAGGCGACGUGAUCAUGCCACCAAACAAGAGCUCACCUCUAUGGUCAAGAUGAAGUCCAUCCCAAUCUAAUCUUUUUCUCCUCUCAUCUCAGGUUAAUUUGAAACAUCUUCAACCCAUCAGCCCCUUCUGGGGGUUUCACCAGUGAGUCAGCCUGUACCAUUCCCCGCUGUUAACAUGCUGACCGUCCAUAUUUGGCUACAUUAACCACAGAGCGUCACUCACGAGUCCAUCCAGAAUCCAAGGCAGCAGGAACUAAUGUAAAGAACUUGACAAAGUAAGGUCAUUACCAGUUUAUAUCGGCUGACUGAUGGGCAGUUUUUUGAAAGAUUUCCUUGGACAUAUUCAGUGACUACAAGUGCACUACCCAUAAUGCAACAUGAGACUCCUACCUGCCGUCCAUGGGUAUAGGGACAGUCCUCUUCACUUCAGCAAUGCACACUACUACUCAGCAGACUGUAGGAGCGACACUGCACAGGGACAUUUGAGUUCACUCAUAACCAGUGCUCUGUCAAGUCUCCCCAAACGUUUUUUUUUUUAACUUUUAAGCAACAAAUAAGGAAAAACAAGUGCAGCUGCCAAACAGGAGCAAAGGGGAACAUUGUUUCUGGAACAACUCGUCACCCAGAACUCCUCACAUUCUCAAUCACUGUGAGAGGUAACACAUAUAGCGUGUGUUCAUUCUCACAUCGACUGAUCGACCGACUCAAUGCUGUGAAGGAAGCAACACUUCUGCUAAUUUCUGUGCGUGUCUGAUGCCAAAGAAGCAAUGAUGGGCAUUAUGGGCUCAGGUAGGAGGCAGGCACCAACCUGUCACCUGCUACUGGCAUGAGGGAGAAUAUGGACAUAGAGAAUGAGGUCCGGGGUUUAAUAGACUUUGUUUCAUUUAUGACAAGUGAUUUUAUGUUGCAUGAUACCCCUGUUAUGUUGUCUGGCAUAUUAAGUAAAGGUUUUGUUUCUUUUGUUGUAGUUCUUUCUGUCCAUCCAUUCACUGUUUCUAAAUGUGUGCGAAUGAAAGACUCUCAUAAGAGAAAGAGGGAAAGAUACUGGCCUUUCACAGAUCACCAGCAUUAUGAAAAUACAUGGAUUCUUAGUCAUCUAGAGAAUAUUAGAGCAUACAUAUUCAGCCGUUUUGUCUAGAGUCCAAUAAUAAUAACCCCAGGGUCAUUGUGUUUAAAAAAAUGGGAGUGUGUUUUGUUCAGAUUCAUUAUUAAGUCAAACCAUGAAAUCAUAAGAAAAAGAGGAAAGUAGUAAAUCUGAAAAGCUGGAACUUAAAAUUUAAUUGGAAUAGAUGAAAAUUGUUGACAUAAACUGACUGGUGUAGUCAGCCUUUUAAAGACAAAAUAUGACAUAAUGAGGCCAUUAAAAAAAGUUUCCUUAUCAUGUUUUUUAUUGUUUUUUUUUAAUAAGUUACAAGAUUAGAGUGAUGUUACUAAUGAAAUGAGGGCAAAGGUUUAGAUAGAUGCCUUUGAGGGGACAAACGCAAGCUACAAAGUAGCUUGCUUUAUUUAACACGAAAUAUGGAAAGUGAUGCAGAAAGUGCUGCAUUUGUGUACUCGCACGCAUUCUGGGUGGUUACUACGGUCUUGUUCACCAUAGCAACUAACAACGAAAGGGGUACGCAGCACUAGGCUUUCACUGCAGUUAGUAAAAUGAAUGUAAAUGAUGGUUAUAGGAUGCUUUUCUUGGGUUUUUUGUUUUUUGUUUUUUUAGGGGACAUUUGGGGAGAGGAAAUAUACAGCGGGGCAUUGGCACAGAUCGAAUGGUUGCCAUCAACUGCAGAGAUUGUACAAAUCUAAGAACCACCUGCAUCAGCUGCUCAAUUAACCUUUGAGUUUAUGAGGUAGAUCAGUGCAUGCUGGGCGGUGGUGGAGAUGAGCACGCACGCAAUAAACUGACAAGAGUAACCCUCGCUCACUGUACAUCUGUCUCAAAACCCAUCGCCUCACGGAAAACACUCGAUUUCUGGGUGGCCAGCACUUAAAAAUACCUCCGAUACAGCUUGUCUGCUUUAGUCCUGCUUUUCACACCUGUGCCUAUAAACCUUGUGUCCUGCUAGCUUUCUGCCACAGAUGGAAGCGAGAGGCUCUUCUGCUUGAGAAGCAAUUUUUCUUUCUUUCUUUCUGCUGGUUUGGUGGUUACAUUCUGCUCAUCUAAGGCUGUGUAGUUUCUUUUGCUGGCUGUCAUUUCAGAAACACAAGGUGCAUCUAAGUCAAACUUUUUUUUUUUCUUUUUCCCAGUUUGACAACUGUAUUGUCUCUCAAGCUAGCUCCACAUAUUAUGCAUGGAUCCAGUUGAAGCUUUUUUGUAUAUUAUUGUAUAUCAAACUUUAAAAAAAAUACAUACCUAUGUUAUAUGUGAUGUUUAUAUGUAAGAAAAAAAACAAUCAUCGGUAGAUUGACAGACAUGGUUUAGCUCAGUCUUGUGUUAAGGACAUUUCUUUUUAAUAAAUCUGUCAUUCCAAACAAAUAUUACAUAAGUAAAUACAUUACAUGCUCCCUGUCAGUCACUCUAGGUCAAUACUAAAACUGAUUGGACGAAUUGGAAGUGAAUACAGUGUCAUUGAAGGGAGACUUCAAUAGUAUUAAUAGCCUGAGCUAAGCCAUUUCUUGUGAGUCUUCCCAGCAUUGUGUAUGUGUGUUUUAUUCCCCCCCAGUUAUAUGAAGCUGUGUUACUGUACGAUUACUGUAUGGACAACGUGUUUACUGAGUUAGUCCUUCAAUCCAAUGUUUAAUUCCUUUUUAAAAAAAAAAAAAAUAGAACCACAAGUGGAUGCUUUCUUUUCACUGACACUCCUUCCUCCAUUCUGGUGGCAACAUUCACAAAGACAGUGAAAUGUUUUUAAAAUUAUUCACAGAGUCAAUCUGAGAACCCGCCCUUUACUUCCUGUUUAAAUUGUGUUCCAGUAAACUCGGGGCUCUGAUGGAUGUGAGAUAUAAAAGGAUGCAUUUGGAGCUUUUGUACUAGGAUGUGCACACAAAUUGGAUUUUAAUUUCUUCUGUUUUUUUUUUUUUUUUUUUUUUAAUAUCACUAUUGGUGCAAUGAAUGUCAUCUUUUUUGUCAUUUAAAAAAAUCUUUGUAGCUGAUUCAGUAUCUGUAUAGUAAAUUCUUUUUCUUAUGCUUGAAUUGUCCUUCCAAGGUCCAGUCAAAAAAAAAAAAAAACUUUAAUCAAGAUUGAACCCACUACCUGCUCUCUGUGUGACUUUUAUACCAAAUAUUCAGUUUUAUACAGCCAAAUUAGGAAUUAAAAAAAGUAAAUAUAACAUAAGAGCCACUUUGCCAUAAUUGCUGGAUUUACAGGUCAUAAAGUUAAUAUUUUUCCAAUCUACACAGUAAUGUAAAAGUGAAUGAAAUACCUGUUUUAAAGAUAUUUUUAUGAUAAAUAUUCAAAGUAAACUUUGAUCAAUUGUAUAAACCAUCCAUCAGAUUCAGUUUUCCGGGCACAGUGCCAUAUGUUUUAAAAGGCGCCUAUAAAUAAAAUGUGUUAUUAUUAUUAUUAUCAUUAUUAUUAUUAUAUCAGUGACUGUUGUUCACCCUGUCCAUUUUGUUUUUAAGGGUUCAAUGUGACAUGUUUUCUGUAAGUGUAUGCCUAUGGAGUUCUUUCUGUGUCUUUCUUGGUGUUUUUCUGAUAUGUUUUGUUUUUUUCUUUGUGGACAAACUUCAUUUACAGUCUAUGUUCCUCUGCGAUAUGUGAUAGUUAGAGGAGCCUGUUGAUUUUUAGUUCUUGCAACUCAGAUGAAACUCAGGCAUCCAUUCUCAGAUGUACAUAGUCAUUUUUGUUUCCUUGUGUUCAACAAAUAUCACCAUAAGCUGUUUUUUUUUUCUUCCUUCCUGUCCUGGUGUCUGUGAAAUAAAAAAAACUAUUUUAUCACA